GCAGCGGUCGCUGCCCGUAAAAGGAAAAAGUAUGCCCCCUAGCUCUAGGCCAACCGCGGCCGUAGAAGAGAGCAAAUGAAAUGCCCUGCCCCUGCCCCUGCCCGCCUAUCCACCGGACCAGAUCGGCUGCCGCGGCGGCGACGAUGACGACGGCGACACGCGCGCACACAUGGAUUCCUGCCUAGGCAGCAGGGGCCCUCCCAUUCUCAACUCGGAGAUGAAAAUGGAGAAUAUAUCGGGCCGCCGCAGCUGUCUUCUCCUACGUAGUUCGUCCGUUUCACCAACAGUGCCGUCUAGCUGUUCGAUGUUAUUCCUCCCUGGCCCGGCUUUUUCCGCUUUCCGGCCCACGGAUGGGAUGCCCGCGAGGCAUGCAUCAACUUUUCGCCGGUGCCAAUACGUGCACCGUUCGUAUGCACUGGCAUGUUACACCACCAUGCCAUCGUCCGAGUGUUUCCACAAAGAAAAAGAAGGGGAGACGGAAGAAGAUUAUUAUGCUUGGGUCGGUUCCCAUGUUCCGUAAGAUUUGAGCUAGUGCGCUGCUUGUUCAGAAUUCAGAUUAACAGCAAAUGGCCGCGGAAAGAAACACGGGAAAUUCCCACGGAAUCUCGUGCUGCAUAUCAUGUUGCCUACUUUUCAUUUUUUGCAAAUAGCCUCACAUUGCAACAUGGUAUGAAGUUGUAGCAUAUCAUGUCGAAACCUUUUUCUUUUUAGGGAGAGAAGCCAUACCAGAAACUCAAGAGAUAAAAUUCCGUCCCCCUUUGCUUUCGAAUAUGUCAGGAGGUAAUGGAGCUGUGCACACACGCACAGCACAGUUUCUUCCAUGUUAAGAAAAGCACACGAUAUAUUUAUUAUUUCAUACACAUAUCAUCGUCAUAUUCUGUCUGGUCCCUUUUGCCAAUCCAGUGCACCCAGACAAACAAUUUGCUGCAACAAGAAAUGAAGCUUGUAAUGGCAGCUUUCUGUCUGUAGAUUAAACUCGUGGAAUGCUGACAACAUGUGGCGCCAAAAGGGAACAUAGAGUGGCUGCAGCCAUGGACAGAAUAAUAUCCCUUCUUUUUUUUUUGAAACUUUGUUACACGUACUCACGUGAAAGCUUGAUUUAAAGUUAAAAGUAUUAUGUUUGUAGCUUUUGAUCUCAUAUUCUAUUUUCACUCCAUAUGCAAGUACAUUUGUCAAACAACGACUUAUGUUCCAGAUUAUUCAAGAUUCGUCAUAGGACAAGUUCUGCACUAAAAAUUUCAAUACCCUUUUCCUUCCAAAAACGCUUUCAAAAGCCUCAAAGUGUAAACAUUGAUUCACUAGUACGAAUUUAUAAAAAAUAAUAAACCAACAAAUUUAACUAGUAAAAGACAGUACAGAACGGGCUACUCAAGAAUUUCAGGUGAGAUCGUGGCGAUUGCAACUCACUGGAGGCUUUUGAGCAUUUAGAUGGCAUUAUUCUUUACUGGGAAAGUGGUGGCCUCAAAUGUCUCUUUAUUUAUGCAUCAUUCCUUGUUGCAUUUUGGUCGCUGACUUUUGUUAAUUAGGACUUGAUGUGGACUCAGUUCAAACAGUAAUUCAUUGUUCUUUACCUUGUUUAAUUUAGUGGGAGGUGAUCAACUAGGAGACCGUACCUAACGACAUUCGCUGCUUGUGGGAAAGAAAUUCAGAAUUUAUAAAUAUUCCCUGCGAGAAAUAUUCCAGAACCCGACAAUAGCAGAGUUUGUUACGUAAAGCUGACCUCAAAGGGGGGAAAAUGACGCUGCUGAGGAAUAUUCCGGCCGAUCGGUGGUGUAAAUGUGAUGAGAUUUUAUAACGGAGAUGUAAUUACCACGGAGGAAAAGCAGCAAAAGUUCAAAAAUUCUUGGACACGGAUUCUUGUAGUUCCUCUCAAUGCACAAUUUUACAGAAUCAAUACCUUCACUGUCCAUACCUCAAAGAUAUUUCUGGAAUCUUCCUUGCUGCAGUCUGCAGAAUUCUACACUGUAUCUGCCAAGCAAAUGAGGCAGUACCACUUGCCAUAUCUGAACCUCUUGAGCUUCAGUUCCGCGUCUAAUUGCGCCUUAAUUUUUUUACUGAAAAUAAUGAUAAUUCAUGUGCCACCGUGCAUUUACAAUAGUAGGAAAAUGCCUGCUGCAAAAAAAAAAGCUGCUGUGUGUUUCAUUUUUGUGCUAAAUUUAGUAUUUUCUCCAGAAGCCUCUUUAUGCUUAUCACCUGUCAUUAUGAUCUCUAGAGUUUCAGUUCCGUGCUGAAUGGCGCCUGAAAUUCUAGUGAAAAUACUUUAUUUUCAGAGUUUCGGUCCAGUGCUGAACUGCGUUGUGAAUUCUACUCUGCAUACUUUAUUUCUUGAGUUCAAACUGCGCUUUAAACUGAAAAUACUGAUAUUUACUCUGUGACUGUUUUUCUUCCGGUACAGUGUUGAAUAGCACCUUAGAUUCUACUAAAAAGGCUGACUUUUUAGUUUCAGUUCCGUGUCCUAAAUUGUACUGAAAAUACUGAUAUAUUUUUAACUCAGCUUUAAACACCAGUGAAAAUACCAAUAGUUCUCUGAUAGAGAAAAGAAAAGAAAAUACCAAUAGUUUCCGUGUCGCCGUGCAAUAAUAAUAGUACCAAUAGUUGCGUUGGUGCUUUUGAUCGCAGUUUUAUAAUGAUAAUGCAAGAAACGACUAGCCUGUCGUGCAAGAAUAGGUGCCAAAUGUUUAGCCUUUUCCUGCAAAAUAUGGGGGUUUCUCUCAGAAGAAUCUUGCUUUAGCACUGAGAGUGUGAGACAUUAAUCGCCUUUAGUUUUCGUGUAUUUUCUUGGGGGAAAGAAAAGAAAGAAGUGUUUAUGCUUAUUCCUCGUUAUUUGCACUGAUGUUAUACAUAUAUAAUCUCUGUGGAGUUGUGAUGCCAAACCAGUGGACAUUACAACGCCUUGUCAAGAUAAAAAAAAUUUGGUUAGGAAUUGGCAAAAAGGGUCCUAAGUAUUGUUUCUAUAUAUACCUGGGUUCCCUCUCCACUGCCAAGAAAAUAUAUUCUGCUGUAACCUGGGCCAUAGGGAUUACUAUUACGUACGCCCAUGUUUGUAUAUUUUGGAGCAGUAGAAAAACUGCAACAGGAAGUUAGGGCUCCUUUGAUUCAAAGGAUUUUCAUACUCCUAGGAAUUUUGGAGGAUUAGAAUCCUUAUGAGUCAAAACAUCUUUGAAAGAAUUCUUAUUUUUCCUAUGAUGCAAUCAAACGGCCAGGGAGUUUCCCCUUUUCGAAAAAAAAACAAAUCCUGUAGGAUUGAGAUCCUAUGUUUUUUUCUUUCUAUUCCCGUGUUUUCAGAAUCCUGCGAACGAAAGAGGCGAUUUCAUUUGGGUGGCUCUGGAGCCGAGCGCCGUGCGUUUGGCGCUGAGCGAGAGGAAAGAGGAGCGCGUGGAGCUGACUCGCCCGUGCGUCAUGUGGCGGGCCCAACGAAUUGGAAGCCGACGGCAAGCGGGCGUUGGGUUGCCGUCCACGCGUCGGCCAUCCGGGGCGGGGCUCUCUAUAAAUACCUCUGCAUGCCUCCUUCAGUUAGCAUCCGGGCAAGAAUUAGCGCGCGCGCUCUCUCUUUUCUCUCUCUCACACACACCACCAGCAGAGGAGCUUAUAUCUGAUUGAUUGAUCGAUCCAUCACCGUGCGUGCGUGCGUACGUACGUGACCACCAUGAGCUCCUCCGGCGCCCGCGGUGUCCGUCGAGAGUACGGCCGGACCUAUGUGGUGAGGCCCAAGGGGAGGCACCUGGCCACCAUUGUCUGGCUCCACGGCAUAGGCGACAACGGAAACAGCUGGUCCCAGGUGCUGGGCAAUCUCCCGUUGGAUAAUGUCAAAUGGAUUUGCCCUACUGCGCCAACGCGGCCCGUAGCGGCCUUCGGUGGAUUCCCAUGUACUGCAUGGUUCGAUGUGGAGGAGACUUCGGUUGACGGCCCCGACGACGUCCAAGGGCUGGACGCAUCCGCCGCACACAUAGCAAACCUGCUAUCGUCCGAGCCCUCUGAUGUGAGGCUUGGGAUAGGCGGUUUCAGCAUGGGAGCCGCCACUGCGCUCCACUCUGCCGCAUGUUAUGCUCAUGGAAGGUUCUCAAACGGUGUUGCCUACCCUAUUACCCUCAGCGCUAUCAUUGGGUUGAGCGGCUGGCUUCCCUGCUCCAGGACCCUGAGGACCAAGAUUGAGAGCUCACAGACUGCUUUCAGGAGGGCUGCUGCCUUGCCGAUAAUGCUUGGCCAUGGAAGAGGCGACGAGGUAGUCAUGUACAGGAACGGCGAGAGGUCGUCCGAGUUUCUGCGGAAUUCGGGCUUUUCGUACCUGAAUUUCAAAGCCUACAACGGACUGGGCCAUCACACCAUCCCUGAGGAAAUGGACGAUGUCUCCAAGUGGCUCAGGGCAAGGCUCGGGCUUGAUCGCUCUUGCGGCUAAUUAAGUGGAGAAGCUUGUGCCUUGGUGGCUGACACAUGACAUGAGAGAAAUGUAUUGACACUAUAGAGGAGGAGAAGGUUGAUAUAUAUAGGUUAAUCAUAUGAAGAGAUCAGGACCGGCAUGUGUUGAUAUAUAACUCCUCACUACUGAAUUUCAUGUUACACUUAUAUUGUACUAGUAAGAGUUGUACCCCAGUUAUAUUGUUUGUUUUGAUUGAUCACACCAGUAAUUUAUGUCGAUAGCUUCUAAUAUAUGCUUGUGUUCUAC